CUUUUGUUAUCUCUGUUCUCUUCCUCUAGAUGAAGUGGUUCACGUCUCAGUCCCUGAGAAGCUCACCUUCGAGGAAGCUAAAGAGAUGUGUCGGAAAAGAGAUGGCGUUCUUGCUUCUGUUGGGAACCUGUAUGUGGCCUGGAGGAAUGGCUUUGACCAGUGUGACUAUGGCUGGCUGGCAGAUGGCAGCGUUCGUUACCCAGCCUCGGUGGCAAGGCCCCAGUGUGGCGGAGGUUUACUUGGGGUGAGAACCCUGUAUCGCUAUGAGAACCAAACAGGCUUUCCUUACCCAGAUAGCAAGUUUGAUGCCUACUGCUAUGAACGUAAAAAAGUGAUAACAGAGCCUACAACUGUUAAGCUGAUUACAUCUCUGAGAACUGACAGUGUGAAAUCGUCAUCUGCUAAAGUUACUCUUAAACCUCCUGGUUUUGAGACUUUGAUUACUGAAGUGCCUGUCACCAAAACAGAGGUCCCUGCAGUGGAGGAAACAACCCUAGAGACUGAAGAAGAUACAGAAAUGACUACUGAUGUGGCUGAGGAGAAGAGGGAAAUGGAGGUGCUUAUGGAGAACAUUAAGUUAACCACCCUUCUACCUCAGACUGUCACAGAUGGCGAAUUGAGUACUUACGAUACACUGGGAAGGACUGAAUAUGAUGUUUCACCUAGGUUAACAGAGAGCACAUCUGCAGCUUUGGAGCUGGAGCCCACUUACUCUGAAGCAGAAUUGCCUGAGGAACAAGGUAGGUCUGAAAGCAUUGAGGACGCUUUCUUGACCUCUGUAAUUUUUCAGGAUAGCACAGCUGUAGCUAAGAGUUCCACUGGUUCAUGGGAAGAUGCUGAAGCAGGAGAUACACAAAAACAUGAUGCUGAUAAUCAGACUGAACAAAUAGAAGUGGGUCCUGUGAUGACAGCUACAGAUAGCUUGUCACCAACUUCUCGGAAAGAGUUUCCCAGAACAGGGACUUCAGUUUCCUUGACAAAAGAGAACAUAUAUCUUGGUGCUCACUCAACAAAAGAACCCACAAAAAAGUCAAUGGAGGCGAAAUCUGACAAGAAACUUACAACUGUUGUAAUCCCUAAGGCUUUGCUCACUGAUCAGUAUGAUCUUUCUACAGAGGGGGAGGGCAGAGAGAGCAUGUACACCCUUAUGCCUGGUAGAUUGUCUAGCAUGGCUACUGGUAGCGUCUCAGAAUCAGAUGUUCUUGCUGCAUCAGAGACACUCCUGGAUGAGCACGCGGUAACCACUGGACAGGUUUCUACAGCAUAUGAGUCAACUCCAUUCAUUAAAUUUAGUUCUGCUAUGAUACUUGAUAAUGAGGCAUCAGCUGAAGGAAGCAGAGAGGACCUGAGAGAUGUGCAGCCAACCAUGUCAUCUGGAAUGCCUGUAUCCUUUUCUGCGUCAGCUGUUAAUCAAACAGGAUCUGAGGCCAUUGUUCUCUCAGGAAGUACUGAAGAAACAAAGGAGCAAGAAAUGACUACAAAGGAUCCUAAGAUCUCACAUGCCACAGCUGUCCUUCCUACUUAUGUUACAGCAGAACCCGAGGAGCAUUCUACAAGUGAGAAGCUGACGCAGGCUCCUUCAGCUUCUGGCACAUGGCUGCUGACAGAUAAAGAUCAGGGUUAUAUGAUAGAAAAGUCAUCUCAUACUGAGACAAUACAUGAGUUAGAUACAGAAGAUAGUAUCUCUGGAUUGGAGCUUACAUCAUCUCCAGGGCAAGUUACAGAAUAUACAAAGCAUCCAGGAGCUCCCAUUUCAGCAGUUACAGAUGAAACCGAGACAAGCAUGGAGCCAGCGGAAAGAAAAAGUGAUGAAGAAGCUGUAUCAGCUGUUUUUGAUCAGAGUAAAGAUACUGUAGGUGUGUCCCACACAAGCAGCUCUUUGGAUAUGGAAAUGAUCACAGUAUCCAAAAUAUCAGUGGAUGAAAGCAGCGCAACAAUAAAAUCUUUUAGCUCCUCAAGUGUUACUGUAUUACCCACUUCUAUGCCCACAGUCAUGGAGGUAACUGAGUACGAAGGAGAUGAAACAUCAGGGUAUGUUUUGAAAACGUCCGUUUCUACCCCAGAAGCUGAGCAAAGAGAGGUUACUGAGACAUCGGUAGCAGCACCUGCUGAAGACGUUUCUGCUGAAAUGGAGGUCUCAAAAUACAUAGUGACAGAGGAAGGCCAAAUAAGCAUUGUGAAAUCAGCUGAGAAGGAGUCAGUGGCAACACUUCAAGACAGAAAAGGAACACCAUCAGCUGGCUUUGAAGGGACAAAGGAAUCUCUUCUAUUUACAGAUGUGACAAAGGUAGAUACUACAGUUCCACAGGAAGAACCUGUUCCUUCCCUAGUUCCAGUUACUGUAGAGAGUGAAGUCACUAGAGCUAUGCCAGUUACUGAUCAGACUCCUUUUGAUGGUAUCUUUCAUACAGAAGCAACAGAAACAACUGCAAAAGAUAGUGAGCUGUUCCCAGAGGAGCCCUCCACAAAGGACCAAGAUAAGGAGUCAGACACUGCCACAGAGUCUACCUUAUCUGUGACAUCUGUUCAAACACACAAGCAAAAGAUGGCACCAGUAUCUGGAUUGUCUCAAACAGCUAUUCAGGAAAAGCAGGAUGAGACAGGUUCAGCUUACGAUGAGACAUAUCCAGCAACAGAAGUAUCAGUGCCUGCAGUGAAGCUCACUGACUAUGGAAGAGAUUUGGGACACGAAACUAGCACCAGGACCAUGCCUCUCACAGUGACUCCGAAAACUGAAACUGCUGCUGAUCAAGAAGAGAAGGUUACUGAAGUGAUGUCUGUAACAGUGGGUACCCAAGGAAGAACAUAUGAAAGCAGAGGAACCCCUACCAGGGAAGACAGUGAUGUAGUGAGCUGGGAAUCUAUGUUGCCCUCCCAUAGGAUGCCAGCAGGUCAUUCUACUGUGGAAAGCAUUACUCAUCCGACUUUGGGAGCUUCUCCAAGCCAAACUCUGGAAGGUUCGGGAGUGUCAGAAGAACCUGAAGAAAUCAAAACAGCUAUAUUUUCAUCUAAUGCAACGGAUAAGACAACAAUUCUCAGUGAUGUAACACCCCCUUCCAUUAGUGCUGUAGACAAAACUCAGCCUACAUCAGCAUCCAAACCUUACAUUACUCAAAAAUCACCACGUAUCAUUCCUGAGGAAGAAGAGGAGGUAAAAAGCAACGACAUCAUCGUAAUUGAUGAAUCUAUUUCUCCCGGUAAAACCACUGCUGACGAUGAUCUGACAGGAAAGACGAUAGAGUCAGAAAUUGAUAAAGAAUAUUUCACAGCAUCAACUGCUACUGCAGUUGCACGACCUACUGCACCACCCAAAGUGAAGGAGGCCACAGAGGCUUUACAACCUCAGGAGGUGUCUCCUUCUACUUCACACCCUGAUAGUGAAAAAGACAUAAGAUUGUAUGUUAUUCAAAUCGCAGGCAAUGAUACAGAUCAUCCGGUGAAUGAAUUUUUGGAUCUGUUCAGUCGCCACAUGCUUCCUCAUUCAAUAGAUGAACCCCACAUUGAUGCAGAAUCAGCUCAGACUGAACCCUGUACUUCAGACUCUGUGCAGGAUUCAUCUGAAUAUAUAAUAUUGGAUCCUUUCUUUCCAAACUUUAUAGAAUUUGAAGAAGAGGAAGACUGUGAAAAUACUACUGACGUUACUACUCCUCCAGCUUUGCAGUUCAUCAAUGGAAAGCAACAAGUUACUAGUGCACCUAAGAACACAAAAGCUGAGGAAGCAAGAAGUGACCAAAUUGAAAGUGUUGCACAUUCCAAAAAUGUAACCUUUUCUCAAAUCAAUGAAACAAACACAUUUAUAAUACCUGAAGCUGAAGCUUCUGGGACUAGGCAACCAAGCAAAGCUGGAGAAGUAAUAGGGGCGUUUCAAGUUACACAGCCAACAGCAGAUGUUGCAAUGUUAGAACCUGUUUAUAGUGGUGAGUCAGAAGUUGUGACAACAGAAAAAUCAAUAGCCAUUACUUCCUCACAGGAGCAGUCACUGCAAGAAAAUAAAGAGACCUUAACAUGGCAUGGAACAGAGGAGAGCUCUACUAAAGAUACAAGAAACUUGAUUGUGAUUACUAGUGAAUCCUCUGGAGAUCACUCUACCGAAUCAGAUUUAUCUAGUUCUGUCUUCUCAGAAAUUGUAACGAUGUCAAGAAAGGAAGAAGACGAAAAAAAUUCUGGUGUAACUUCUGCUCCUGAUGCAUCUACUGUGGAAAGUUCUGCUGUAACUGCUUCUAUGGGCGCAGUUUUUAAUACUGCUAUGGUACGAAUAGGUGUGAGAGACCCUAUUCCAGAAGAGACAACCCUUACUCCAGAAGAUCAUUAUAAAUCAACUGUUAAACUCAAUGCAAAUUCCCCUGUUGAAAAUCUUGUGCAUACAAGAAGUCAUACAGGAAAGCCUGAGAUGAGUGCUUCUUCCUUUAUAGUUCUAGAAGGCUCUGGUGAUGUAGAAGAGGGCAUGAGUAUAACUUCAGCCAUGACAAUGGAAACAGCAGUAACAGGAACAUUUUCAGUGCAAGAUACCUCUUUGGGCUCUGACACUGUACUGCCAACAGAGAUUUCUGUAACCAUUUCAGGAAUCACCUCUGCUUUUGAUCAAAGUUCAGAAGUAACUGUUGCCACAAAUUCUGUGUCUGAGUUUACUACAGAAAAGGUAGUUGCCAGCUCUCUUGUAACUGGAAAGGAUAACGAAGAUGAAAAAGAAAUACAGACCACCAUUUACACAAGCCAGGAAAAUUCAGCUACUGCUGCAGUGGAAAAUUCAGAGUUGAAUAAACUUGGGAACACUAUUAGUAAAGUCAGAACUGUAAGUCAAGAGCCAACCCCACUCAGAAAAAUAGUACCAGUAACAGGUACUGUAAAUACUGAAAUCAAGGAGGUCACUACCAUUCCUCUCAUAAGAGAGAAGAAGCUUUUCAUAAAUGAAGGGUCAGCAGAAGAGCCAGCAGACAUAUUUUCAGGGGGUCCCACAAAAAAAGUGGUAAGUACUGACUCCCUGUUUAUUGAUCCAGGUUCUGGAGACAUAGAUGUUGUCAUUGAGCCUGCUACUUUGACUUCAGUUACAUUAAAGACUAUCACUGAAACACAAACAGAAAGGGAUGAAGGAAAAGUUUCCAGCAUAGAUGGUGCUUCACUGAAGAAUGCAACAGAAGAAUAUGAAGAACAUGCAAGAACAUAUGAAUCAGCAGUAUCAGUUUCAAGUACUGAGUCAGGUGGUUUGACAAAGGAUUCUGCAGCAGCAACUGAGAUAUUCUUGUUUAGUACAGGAAAGCCAGCAGAACAAAAUCAGGAAACAAAACCAACUUACACAGCUCUUUCUGAAGUAAAAUCUAGAACUGAUUCUAGGAAAGAGGCAGUAUCUCACAUUGCCCCAGAAGUUAAAACUGAAGAUUUAGAAACAGGUGAAUUCACAUCAUCUCCAGAAUCAGUGUUAAGUAACAGCCCUCAUGACACCAUGGUGACUUAUGGUACUGGCAAUAUAAAAGCAGGAGCUCAAUCUACAGAAAGCAAAAAUGCAAAAAUUAGUUCUGCAACUGCUUCAUUAGGCAAGAUUCUGCUGAUUGAGCAUGGCUCUGGAGAAGAAUUCAAAGGUGAUGGCAGCACCACAAAACUAAUGUCUAAUGGACCUACUGAGGAAAUACUUGAAAGGCAUUUAUCAUUUAUUGAUCAGGGGUCUGGAGAAGCUAACACUUUCAUUGAAUCGUUUGCAAAAACAGCAGUUUCUUUCACUAGGAGACCAGAAACACUAGAGAAGUAUGACAAAAAUUUUGUCAGCACACCACCUAUGGACCAUGUUUUCACUACUGAACCUGAUGAGUUAGUAACAAGUACUGAACAUGAAGUAAACACAAUAGGAAGUGUAACUGACACAAGAAUGGAAGAGAAAACAACUGAUGAACUGACAGUGAGAUAUUUUUCCACAAAGUUUCCUUUAGUGGAAGAUAUACAUUCUGGGGAAGACAGACCAAGGGAAAUUUCACCAAAAGCUAUAGAAUCUUCUGAAGAAACAACAACAGACCCAUUCUUUAAAAGUACACAGGCUAACCAUGAACAGCUGGGAUUUUUAAAUGUUCCAACUGUCAGUCCAUAUUCAGAAGAAAAGGAAUUAGAAACUCAAUCUAUUAAAAAAAUACUUUUGCCAUUUAAUGAUGACAGAGUAACUGAGCCUUCAAAGAUUGAAAGGAAAUACGUAAGCUCUCCAGUUAUGGAUACAGAGCAAGAGGAGGAGUUCAUACAAAAUAUUUUCCCUACUAAAGAUAUUCCCAGAUCACUUCUGACACGUAAAGAGGAAAAGCUAACAAAUUAUGAACUUAUUGGUGAUCCAUUGUUUUCAGGACAAGGAUCUGGAGAUGACCUUGCUGUUACACCUUCUGUAAUGCCAUUGACUGUCAAAGAAAUCGUGAGUACUUCAAGUCCUCAUUCUUCUCAUUCUGCAAAUAUGGGAUCCAAACUUCCAACCAACAAGACACAAGACUUUGAAAGAGAAAGCACUGUAUCAAAUGCUGAGAUUAGUGAAGUUACAAGUGCUGUAACUGAGGUUCUGUCAGAAAAAGCAGACCAGCCCCUCAGUUCAGUGAUCACCAGUUCCCCAGCUUUAGCAGAAGAGAGUUCCAAGAGCUUCAGCUCUAAAGAGAUUGAAGAGAUGACACAUUACUUUGUUGAGGUUGAAGAACCUCACAGUAAUGAAAGUAAAUAUAGGAGAGGAGAAAAUGAAACAGAUAGGACAACAGCUAUGUCUAAAGCUAUUUCUCAAGAGGAAACUUCACAUUUGCUGAUUAAAGAUGGUAUUACUCCCAUUUCUGUAAUACUGAGUGGAACUCAUAAUCUGGAAACAGAAGAAUCACUUGUAACAACAACAAAAAUACCAGGCAGAGUAUUACCUGAAAGCUCUGGAGAAGGAUCUGGCUGGGUUGGUGUUUUGGAUUCAUCUUCUCCUAAAAUUUUUACUCAUUUGUCAAUCCCUCAUGUGUCAAAAGUAGAACUAAAUGCUUCAUCUGAUAUUCCCAGGGAAGUAUAUUCUGAAGUUAUGACAACAGAGGCACCGAUGGAUGGAUCACAGACUGUGAUCAGAGGUCUAGAUUCACUUUUCACAGAAGAAAAAGAGAUCGUGGCAAAUCCAUCUCCUGUUCAACCAAAGACAACUACAUCAGAAGAACUAAUAAGUGAUACUGGGAUAUAUGAGAAAAUUAUUCCCAUGAUAGAUGAUAAAAGAAGUGUUACAUUGAACAUUUCUGUUCAUGGUGAUAUUACACUAAUUGAAGAACGACUUCAAAUCCCAUCACAAGAAAAAACUAUUAUUGACAUGGAUCACUCAAAAUCAGUGCCUGAAGAUAUAAUAAGUGUGCAGACAAUGACAAAUCCUGUCAUGGAAUCAACAUAUGGCAGUGAUGAUGGCAUGACAGCUGAAGGGGAGAAAUACAAUUCCACACCUGAUUUUUCCAUAACCAAAGGGAAGACGUUUGGAUCUGGUGAUACUCUUUCUUUGACUGCUUCUAGUCAGCCAAGCAGUGAAUCAGUAACAGCUGGGCACAGACCAAAAUCAGAUGACAAAGAUUUGGUUUCAGGGAAUGCAGUGAAAUUUGCAACAGAAACUCUCCUCGCUACUGAGCAAUCUGAACUGGAUGUUUUCCUCCCUACAGUACCAUCACUGGCAAGGCCUCAUGUGCCUCAUGAGUCUGAACAUGUUGUAAUAAGUACAACUGAAGACAACUACAAGCUGAAUACAUCAAACAACAAAGUAAUAGCAGAUCAAAGUGAAACAAGCUCUGUCUCUGACUUUUCUGGAAUGGGCCAAGAAGAACUAUAUGAUAGGCAGCCUAUAGUUCUAGCUACUGAGACAGAAAAAGUUUUGACAACCGACAUGCUUGAUCUAAGUCUUGCCACCACACAGCAUACAUCCCAACUGACAACUGUAUCUUCUAGCAAGAAUGAAGUAAAAGGUCCUACAGUAUACACAAACACAAAAUCGGCAUCAGCAGAGUAUGAAGAAACCGACUCAGUGAAUUUUUAUUCUGUACCUCUAACUCCUACAUCCUCAGUAACUGUUCAGUUAGUUAAUGGAGUAUCUGAGUAUCCUGAGGUAAUCAUUCCAAGUACAUCAUCAUCAAGGGAUUCAGAUCAGUCCCAUCAUUCAUCAGAAGGAACCUUCAAAGAGGUUAGUUCAGAUAUUGCGGCAACAUAUAAGCCACCGACUACAGACCUUCUUGACAGAACAGAGUCUUCUCUGCUGGAGCUUUCUCCCAGACCUAUUUCAGAAAGCACAACUACUGAAAGUAUUCCUCACUUUAAUAAACAUGUAACAGCCAGGACAGAGGAGACAGAAACCUCUGUAACUGAUUUCGCUCUUCAGGAGGAAGCUACUAUUUCUGGAGAUUCUCCAUCAAUACUUGUCAUGCCUACUGCUUUUCUGAAUUUUGGAGAAAGAGUGAGCACAGAUGUUCCAGAAGUUAGCACAAUAAAAGUUGAAGCUACUUCAGGGAGAGUGAACAACCCCCAUCAAGAAAAUGACAGGAGUACUGAGAGAGAGAUCCCAUGGCUUUUUUCCACACCUGUUUCAGAUUCACCCUAUAGUAUUGAAAGUGAAGUAUUUAAACCUGACCAGGAAGCAGUUACAAUGGUAACUUCAUCUUCACAACCUUUGGAUAGAAGUACGGAAACACAGUCAGCUUUGUUUGGUCGAGGGGAGAUCACGACAAUUUCUUCUAACAUUGCAACAAACAGCACCGCCCCUGGAAACGGUCCAUAUCAAAAUGAGCAGUCAACCAUAAACUCUGAGGAGCCAAAUACUAUUGAACUUGUAACUUCACCAUUUUCCCUUCUGGAAGUCACUAAUGGAUCAGAGUUCCUGACUGGCACCAGUGUGGGUUCAGUUGAAGGCACAGCAGUGCAAAUUCCAGGCCAAGAUCCAUGCAAAAGCAAUCCCUGCCUUAAUGGUGGUACCUGUUAUCCACGUGGUUCAUUUUACAUCUGUACGUGUUUGCCAGGUUUCAACGGCGAGCAGUGUGAAUUAGAUAUCGAUGAAUGCCAGUCUAACCCAUGUCGGAAUGGAGCCACGUGUAUAGAUGGCCUCAAUACUUUUACUUGCUUGUGUUUGCCAAGCUAUGUAGGUGCUCUCUGUGAACAAGACACGGAGACCUGUGAUUAUGGCUGGCACAAGUUCCAAGGACAGUGCUACAAAUACUUCGCUCAUCGGCGUACAUGGGACACGGCUGAAAGGGAAUGCCGUCUCCAGGGAGCACACUUGACAAGCAUCUUGUCUGAUGAGGAGCAGAUCUUUGUGAACCGUAUUGGGCAUGACUACCAGUGGAUUGGCCUCAAUGACAAGAUGUUUGAGCGUGACUUCCGCUGGACUGAUGGUAGCCCACUGCAAUAUGAGAACUGGCGACCAAACCAGCCAGACAGUUUCUUUUCUGCUGGAGAAGACUGUGUUGUUAUAAUAUGGCAUGAGAAUGGGCAGUGGAAUGAUGUACCAUGCAAUUAUCACCUUACCUAUACCUGCAAGAAAGGAACAGUUGCUUGUGGUCAGCCUCCUGUUGUGGAAAAUGCAAAGACAUUUGGGAAGAUGAAACCUCGUUAUGAGAUCAACUCCCUGAUUAGAUAUCACUGCAAAGAUGGUUUUAUCCAGCGUCAUAUUCCAACCAUCCGGUGUCAAGGGAAUGGAAGAUGGGAUAUGCCUAAAAUUACUUGCAUGAAUCCAUCCACAUACCAAAGGACUUACUCUAAGAAAUACUACUAUAAACAUUCUUCAUCAGGAAAGGGAACAUCGUUAAAUUCAUCAAAACACUAUCACCGCUGGAUCAGGACGUGGCAGGACUCAAGGCGCUGAAAGCUGAAUGGUGAAUGGGGAUUUCCACCAUUUCCGCCAAAGUCAUAACUUUCUGUGCCUUUUCUAUCACUUAUAGGAGUAUUAUAAAAUUGUUUUGAAACUAUGGACUGCGGUAUUCACAGUGCAUUUUGCAAAAAUAUGGUGUUUAUCAGAAAAAAAAUCUAAAAAAGGAGAAGUGUUUAUGGGGAUAAAAGGAAACCAUUUCCAGCCUAUAAAGAUUAUUAGUUUUCUAUAUGCCAUCAGUGUGGACCAUUUUAUGAUAUAUACCAGCCUUCUGCAAUAUUUAAACAGCUCAAUUUUAGCACCAAUGAAAAUGUAAAUAAGAUGAUUUUAAUGUUGUUUAAAUGUGUGUUGUUUUUAAAAUCCUGUAUAUAAAAUGAAAAGUCACACUAAUUUCAGGCAUAUUUAUGGUUAGAAUGGCCUCAGAGGUCUUCAGUCAUUUAUGACAUUGUUUUUAUGUUGUUUACCUAGGCUGGAAAUGGUUGAAAUAACUUCACUGACUGAAAUUUGCUAUUACUGGGUGAAGAUAAACACACAAGUUAUAUGACUUUUUUUUUUUUUUAAUGGGAACUGUGCCAAUCCCCACCCAAGGUACAGUUUAUGUCCAUGUGAUGCAAGGUUUAGACAGAGCACAUAAAAGUGGCAUGAAGCAUGAACUAGGGACUGCAAAGUGGAACUUUUUUUCUGCUCUCCAUUCCAGCUUCACCAUUCAUGAGAAAGAACUGCAUGGAGAAGUUGUGUAUAACAAGGAGAGCCUGUAAAAAUCCAAGUGCUAAUACAUUAACUUUAUCAGCCAGGGCCACUUUUUUGAAAAGAAAUAAAGGAAAAAAAAGAAAAAAAUUUCUUUCAUGACAUUAACCACAAGGUCUAUAUUACAGGUCUCUGCAUUCUAAAAUGGAGGUAGACCUGGUGUUUGGGGGAUUUUUUUUGUAAAAAACAAACAAAAAUCAAAAAAGUAAAUAAUUUUGUAUAUAUAACCAUUUUUUAAUCUUUUUAUAAAGUAAUGAAUGUUUGUGUAUGAAUGCUGCAGCUGUGAAGCGUACAUUAAUAAAUGAAG